GCAGACGCUGACGGAGCCCCCGCCUCUAUAAACCAGUGCAAUCAGUGGGUGGCCAUCAGGACAAGCCAGAGAACGGCACUCUGCUCCUGAACUACCAGCUCCCUGACCCGAGGCAAACGUAGCACGUUGCGUCCCCAACUUUAACGGCGAGAUACUUUGAUUCGAAGAUUUGGAUGGGUUAGCAGCUUUGCUGCCACCUCCGUUUCCGACAGAAAAUGGCCAUUCACGUCGAUGGGAUAGUGGCUAUUGUCCUGUUUUAUCUCUUGAUUUUAUGUGUUGGAAUAUGGGCUGCUUGGAAAAGUAAAAACUCGAACACAGAGCAAGAUCGGAGUGAAGCGAUAAUGAUUGGAGGAAGGGACAUCGGGUUGCUGGUGGGUAGCUUUACCAUGACAGCGACCUGGGUUGGCGGAGGUUACAUCAAUGGCACGGCGGAGGCGGUUUAUGUCCCUGGGUAUGGCUUGGUCUGGGCACAGGCUCCGUUUGGAUACGCGCUCAGCCUGGUUUUAGGUGGUUUAUUUUUCGCUAAACCCAUGCGUUCAAGGGGCUACGUGACCAUGUUGGAUCCGUUUCAGCAGAUCUACGGCAAAAGGAUGGGCGGAUUACUCUUCAUCCCCGCUCUCAUGGGAGAGAUAUUUUGGUCAGCAGCCGUACUCUCCGCUCUAGGUGCAACGUUGAGUGUGAUAGUGGACAUCAAUAUAAACCUGUCGGUUAUCAUUUCUGCUGUGAUUGCAGUCUUUUACACUCUGGUCGGUGGAUUAUAUUCAGUCGCAUACACAGACGUGGUCCAGUUGUUCUGCAUCUUCUUAGGAUUGUGGAUCAGUAUCCCCUUCGCCAUGUUAAAUCCCGCCGUGACAGACAUCACCAUCACCGCCAGCCACGAAGUUUACCAGGAGCCUUGGCUGGGACGCAUAGAAACACCAGAUAUCCUGACCUGGAUAGACAACUUCCUCUUGCUGAUGUUGGGUGGGAUCCCAUGGCAAGUAUAUUUCCAAAGGGUCCUUUCUGCUUCUUCUGCUACUUAUGCCCAGGUCCUCUCCUUUCUGGCUGCUUUCGGCUGCCUGGUCAUGGCCAUCCCAUCUGCUCUAAUCGGUGCAAUUGGCGCAUCUACUGACUGGAAUCAGACUUCCUAUGGUUUGCCAGAUCCCAAGAACAACAAUGAGACUGAUAUGAUUUUGCCAAUAGUGCUGCAGCAUUUGUGUCCAGCCUACAUUUCCUUUUUUGGUCUUGGAGCUGUUUCUGCUGCAGUGAUGUCAUCAGCUGACUCUUCCAUUUUGUCGGCAAGUUCCAUGUUUGCUCGGAAUAUUUACCAUCUUGCAUUCAGGCAAGAGGCCACAGACAAAGAAAUAUUGUGGGUAAUGCGAAUCACUAUAUUUCUCUUUGGAGGAGCUGCAACAUCCAUGGCAAUGCUGGCACAAUCCAUCUAUGGUCUGUGGUAUCUGAGCUCAGAUCUUGUCUACGUUAUUAUCUUUCCCCAGUUAAUAUCAGUACUGUUCAUCAAGGGAACAAACACAUAUGGCUCCAUCGCUGGAUAUAUCAUUGGUUUUUUGUUCCGAAUUAGUGGUGGAGAACCCUAUUUGCAUCUGCACCCAUUUGUUUGUUAUCCUGGAUGCUAUUUAGAACAUAGCUUUGGAGGUGAACCGAUCUACGUUCAACGAUUCCCCUUUAAAACCAUGUCAAUGUUAUUCUCCUUCUUGGGUAACCUUGGUGUUUCAUAUUUGGCCAAACACCUGUUUGAAAGUGGAAUACUGCCACCAAAAUUAGACUUUCUUGACAGUGUUGUGUCACGACACAGUAAGGAAAACAUGGACAAAACAACCUUGGUGAACCAUGACAAUAUUACUUUGUCAGAGCUGGUGCAUGUUAAUCCAAAACACAGUGCUUCUGAUAAUGCUGCUUUCAGCAAUAAAGAAGCAUUUGAUGACACUGAGCCAAAUCCUGAAUUUUCCAAAUCAGACAAUGAUUGACCCUCAGACUCCAUUAUCCAUUGAGUUCAGUGCAAUCAUAAUCAACCAAGGACCAUACAUUAACAAUAUAAAAUAGCAUUUUAGUAGUUACUAUAUUUUUAGAAAAUAAAAUUGUUUAUAUCAGUGCUUUACUGAUGAUUGUUCACUUAAAUACUGUUUUAUAGUAUUGUUUUAAUUUAUACACAUGAAAUCAGAUUAAGCUAUAAUUUUGAAUCUGAAUUGAUAACAGACUACCUUAUAUUGCACAUUGCAGAAACAAGAUAUCAUCAUUUAUAUGGCUGUGAAGCAUUAUACAGAGAGGAUGGUAUCAUGAACUAUCAUAAAUUCAUGGUUUGUUGUUCUCCCUAUUCAUGGAUCAAACAGUGUAACAAACUGGACUCAGCUAGACAGCUAACUUAUCUCUUGUUGAUAAGUUCUUAAUUGUAGUUUACUAUUCCAUUUACAUACACAUAUAUCUCAAUAAUCUCCAAGCCUAUACAAAUAUAUAUGUGUAUAGAAUGCUAUUUUUAACUCAUAAAAUAGCAAAGUAUUCAAUGAUCCAGUUAAUGCCCAUUUAUUACGUACUUGUUUCAUCUAUAAUCAAUUAAUUUGGGAAAAUUGGUGAAAAUUAAUUCUUGCAACUUUAUUGCACAUCAUCUAUAGCCUAUAUGAAACAUGGGAAGGGGGUUCAUCAACUACUACCACAUAACCCACCUUUAGAAAUAAGUAUAGCCAUUAAUGCCAUAAACCUUUGGCAUUUUAUUGUAGAAUAUUAUUUGUACCUUAAAAUAUGCAAUAUCGAUCUCUCCAUAAUUCAGAUAAUCAUCAGUCUCUGAUAAUAACACAAUGAUUUUGUCAUUUGCGAAAAGAGCCAAUUGGUCAAAGCAGCAUAUUAGUUACAGAUGGUAUAGAUGUCAAAUGAAGCUGCAGUAGGCUCCUUCAUAAACGUAUUUUUUUUUCUUGAAAGCCAAGGGAAUCAAAAUAGCAAUGCAUUAAUGAUAUUUUAACAUUUAAUUUUAUACUAUACAUUGUAUAAUGUAGUUUAAGUAAAAUAUUACAGGUUGAGUUCUAUAAAACACAAUGCAAGAUUUGAACUUAAAAGUUUUUUCAUCUGUUGAUUUUAGGCUAAAAUUAUUGUUCAUUGUAAGUGAUAUCUUAACAUUUAGCCAGCUGGCAAAUAAAAUCAAAUAUGUUAAAGUUACUUUUACCUGUUAGAACACACAUGUAUCAUAGUUUUGUGGGAUUGUUGUAUAUCCUUUCUUUAAAACUGUCAGACUAAAAUUACUCAGCCGUUCUACCUGUUUCCUGCUACAGUUCCAUAACUGGCCUUACAAAAAAGCUGAAGAACAAAUAGUGAGGGUAGGCAGGGUCAUAUUGAACUCAAAGUAAUAGUUCAGUUUCUUCACAGAUAUUGUAGAACCUACCGAAUUUCUCUAGCAUUUCCUGUCUUUAUUAUUUCAGAAUUCCAGCAUUCACUCUAUUUAAUUUUUAUUAUUAUAGCUCCACGUUAACUUGUUGUUUUCUCAUUAAUCCUGCAAGUUUUGCCAAAGUUAACAUUAGACCAAAGUAAUUGUGUCUGAAAUGAUUUUGGCCACAAUGUUCUGAAAGCGAAUAUCAUAUGAAGUACUGUUCUGUUUCAACAUCCUUAUUUCAAUCUUUUCCAGUUAAAUCCUGUUCUUGUUAAUAUUUUAGAUAUUCUGGAUGAAUCUGUUCAUUUAAUCAAAUUAAUUCAUCAAAUGAAUCAAUCAAUGUAGCUGAUAAAAAAACUGAUCUCAAUUUGAAUGAUCUACAUCUCUUCUUGGAGUUUGCUUUUAAUCCACCAAAUAGUGCAUAUUUCCUCAUUCAUUGAUGUUUUAUUUUACACUCCUUCUGCAAUCUUAAGUAAGAAAAUGUAUUCAAUCUUAAAAUAACUAUAAGUCUGUACAGUCCUCCAUUAUAAUACCAAACUGCUUCUUAAAUGAUCAAAUGGAUUUUAUUUCAACUAAUUAUCAGCUUGUGCAACAAACACUACUUUUCUAAAUAAUUUUUUAACAUUAGUGCUAAAUUUACUUUUCACUGAUUUCAGCCUGCUCUCAAUUGUCCUUCAGUCAUAGUUUAAAAUUGAAGUUCUGUUCUAAAUUUACUUCUGUUUAACUUGUUCUUAUCUGAUAUACCUCAAUUAAAUCUACUCUGAAUCACUUUGUUUGUAUUAUGAUAGGCCCAAGUUUCCUCAACCUUUCCUCAUAAUUCAGCCUAAUUUAAAGAAUCAGUCUGCUGGAUCAUUUAUACAUUCCCUCCUGAGCUUGGACAUUUUUUUCUUGCGUCUUGACAACCAAAAUUAGGUGCAAUGUUCAACACAUAAUGUGAAACACUAAUGUUUUAACAUUCAAAUUCCAUCUAUCUUCUACAUUGUAUUCUGCUGGAUGUAACAAUAUAUCUCAUAAUUCCAUUUGUUUUAUUGAUUGUCGGCUAUCGGUUGACUCAUUAGAAGAUCUUAGUUUUCUUUCAACUUUACCAACACUGUACUUUGAGUAGGCAUGAAACCCAAUUGUUUUCUUCUUAUGUUCAAUACCUUGACUUCUUCCUCUUGAAUUUGAUCUGCCAUUAUUCUGUUCAUUUAGUUAGUAUUAAUGCCCUUGAACAGUUUGCAAGUUUGACCAGUUUGAAUGCAAUUAAUAUAAAUGCUUUUAAAACCAGUCCUAAUAGUGGUCUUUAUGAUAUUUGCUUUGGCCUUCCCUUUAUCUAAUUCAUUUUAGUUUCUUCAUUUCUUUACUUCAACCAGGAAAAAUUAAGACGGAGCACAAUCAUAGAAAUGUUUAAUUGGUUCAGGUAUUGCUAAGAAAUUAGCGAGACAUAUGGUCAUUCAUAGUCACUUGAAAAUGUUCAUUGAAACCAUCAGGGGUAACAUCAUGAGUUUACACCAUGAUGCGAACAAGGCUAUAGUGGUGGAAUUAAUGCAAAAGUCAGCAAGACGAAAAUGUUCAUUUGGAAAUCCUAAAGUUUUCUAAGAAUGACUGGGAUUGCCAAAGCCAUUCACUGUGCAGGAUAAAUGAACCUCCACUGGAGAACAGCUAAAAAUGAGAAAAUUAGAAAUAAUGACAGAAAUCAAACUUUUUUAAACAGAAAUGACCAUAAACGCCAAUGAAAAUAAAUGGCUUAUGACAGGAACUGUGUUCUUAGUAAUAGAAGUAUUGAAACAAUUAAUAACAAUAAAAUAACAAUUAAUAAUUAUCUGAUCUAAGAAAAGCAUGCAUGUUUAAUAUAUAGCCUCAGUUUGUUUAAUUAAUAGGGGACCCAUACUUAUGGUGAGCUACUGUAUUACAUAGUUGUUAAUUGCAACAUCAAAGUUACCAUGAAAAUCCACUAUGUAACACCCUGGAUAUCCUGGUGCCUUAGUGCCUGUGACAUGGUAAUGAUAAUCAAUCAAAAUGAGACAAUUUGGGGGUGGGGGCAAAUAACCUUUUUUUUGUAUAAAGAAUUGCUAAGUAGUACUUCGGUAAUUCAUUUGCAGCAUCAAAAUUUAGGUAUUUAGGGAUUAUUGAUAAGGUAUAUUAUUACAACAUUUUUAAUUACAACAUGAUAAUUUUUUUGUGAGCAGAGCUUUUGAAGUUUUUAGUUUGGAGUUUCAAUAGCCUUUGUUUAUGCUGGCACAUAAAGUUAGAGAAAGGAAGGAAAGUAUGUAACAAACAGAAAAUCAUAGACAAACACAGAAGGUCACAUAGCAUCUGUGGACAGAGCAACAGAGUUAAUGUUUUGGAUCCAGUGUAACUCUUUAAAGUUCUGAAUAGGAGUCAUAUUGGGCUCGAAAUAUCAAAUCCUUUUCUGCUGUGCUUUUCCAGCAUUCUCUGUGUCUGUGUCAGAUUUCCAUCUUCCACGGUCUUUUGUUUUUAUAGGAAUGUAUGUAAACUGUUCCAAACAUUAUAGCUUUUGUCUAUGAUUAAUCAUUUUGAAGUGUAGUACUCUUAAGUGUCUAGCAUUCAUUUAAUUAUCAAAGAAGAAAAUGCAUUGGCAAUAUAAAAUUGUCAAUUUUGAGAUACCUUAGAUAUGUAAAAUUGUUGCAGACAAAUGGCUUGCAUUGAUAAUUCCGUCAGUGGGUGAGCAACCUCUUGACUUUUCUCUGGAUCAUUCUUUUUACAAAUUGCUUAACAUCAUCAAAUAUUAUUUGCCUUUAUUCAUUUUAGAUAUAUUCAAUCAGAUGUGGACUGUGUCCGUAGACAAUUUAAUAUAUGGUACACCUCAGAUGGUUAGUCACAAUGUUGUAAAUGUACAGUGUAAAUACAUAUAAUGUAUAUUUUUGUCUGCCAGAGUUGUCACCUGAGGAAUCUAUCAAGCACGAUUGUAUAAAACACUAUUUGUGUAUUCAUUAUUUGUGAAAUAUAUAGCUCUCAAAUAUGACAUUCAGGAAGCUAACCGCGAGAUAUGCUACUUGUCUUCCUUUCCACCAGAACAAUGAUUGUUUGUAAAAUAUCCAUUAUAAACAAAUUAUGAUGUUCAAUAUGCAAUAUUCAUCAAAUAAAUUGUGAUCCAAGAAAUGGUUACAUGUUUAAUAUUA